CGAUAUCACCCGGACACAUAAAUACCCUGAGCAAGACCUCGACAACACACCUUCCAGAAGCGCGAAGCAGAGAACAAGCAAGGCGAACAGACAGGAUCUGAUUCUCAAAAUGGUCAGCGUUAAGGAGGUUCUGAUCGUGUCCGUUUUGGUGGGCGCUGUGGUGGUUUCCCCGGCAGACGCUGGCCCAAUGGCAUUCGACAGACCAGGAAGGUGCCGUGAUGUCGGGGGGAGCGGCAUCUGUGUCAUAGCCGCCGCCAACUGUCGAGGGGACUAUGACUGCGAAUACGGCUACAAGUGCUGUCCCGUUGGCUGUGGAAGGGAGUGCAUGCCAAUUGCUGAAUAGGAGAGUUCCGGAUCUGACUGUGCUGUGGUUUUCAUUGCCAUAAAUAUGGUAAAUUGCAUGUACACUUUUAUAACUUGGUAAAGUGUGCACCAUGGCAUGUCCAAGAGAUGGUCAAUAGAGUUUCAUAAAGGGGGGUAUUCCUGUGGUUGUGUAUUAUGUAUAAGUAAGCAGUACAGUGUAAUGAUUAUGAUAAUAGUAAUGAUUUAGAUAAAGGGGAUAAUUUAUAUGUACUGAAUCUUGCUGUAAUAUAAUUUGUUGGAUGAAAAAGUACGUUUGUAUUCUAUGUGAUAAGCAGUAUACUUUUGAAAGCAGGAUAACAUUAGUAGAGCAAUUUGUGAUAGUAUCAAUAUCAAAGUUACAUCUGCAAUCACAUUCAUAUUUGUAGUGAAAUGUAUUUAAAUUUAAUCCAAACCAUUAUCCAUAUUUUCACCUAGGAGAAUACACACUUUCAUGUUGAUGACGUCAUCAUCACGAAUCUCGGUGGUGACUUUGGCUCUUCAGGAAAAGGUUAUUCAUUUGUGCUGAUUCUUUGGGAUUAAAAAUAGCGUGGC